UCGCGCCGCCGCGAUGCAUCGCAUCGGUUCGAACGCGCGCUCGCCCGGGCUCUGGCUGUCUCGCUCGUCUCCCUAGUGUGUGUCCCUAGUCGCUCGAGAUUCGUCCUCUCCCUUAUCGCUUAGCGCGACGGCGCGGCUUCGAAAAUAGGCGCGCUACCGCUGUUGCCACUCGCGACGCCGCGACGCCGGGCGUCGUACGAGAACGGUGCCGUGUCGUUUCCGCGUUGACAGCUCUGCGAACGAUCUGCGCGAACUGUGCAGCCUCUACAGUGUGUCUCCUCUCGAUGAACUUGUCGACUGCCUGUGACGCUUGAAUGCGAACCGGCGACGUGUGCGCGCGCGCCGACGACGAUUGCCUCGUAUAAUCCGUGACAGGUUCUCGUUUAGAUCGCGACGCCCGUGCCGCGCGCCGGCUCUCGUGUUCCGUGACACUCGCCAGUGAGAAUUCGACGCGGUUUCUCGACCGUUCCUACGUUUCCUGCAGUGGUGUUCUGAAAACAGAAGGUGCGACGUUGUGUAUGCCCGCAGAUAUUCACGGCUCCUAAGCGAGUGCACGCGCACGCCGCGUGGUCUCCACGGUCUGGCCCGCAACGAGGCACGCGCCGGCUACGUUUCGGUGACAAAGCGCCGGACCUUUCGAUAACACCCGGUAUGGAUUCCCAUCCGAUGGGGGCACUAUGCAGACCGAGGAAGUCGUGUCUCGUGCACAAUCAUCUGGUAUAGACGGUAGCCCGACAGACAGCAGCACGUUGCAGCAUCAUCUGCAUCACUCGACACGUAUAAAGUGUCCGUUGCCACCUCUGCUCCAUAUGGCGGUCAAGCAGGAGCCUCAGGAGGAGGAGGAACGAAGUCGUGACACGAAUGCGUUGAGUCCGCAAGAAGAUGCAGACUCCUCUCCGACGUCUAUCGACGGCAAACACGGCCAUGGGCACGAUGCGGGCCACCAUCAGAUGCGGGAGUUGGAGGAGAACCCGGGGCACACGGUUUCGGAUAUCAAUAACAAAGGAAAACCAAGCCGUGGUCGCAGGAAGUCCCGCUGGAAGUUGAAGUUCCACCACCAAGCACUGCCUCCCGAGUACCUGGACCACUACGAGGCGUCUCUCGCUCAAGAAGCUUUAAACACGUCGCCGACGCACGUAGCAGAGCCGACAGUCCCCAGCCCAGCGCCGACAAGCUCAACCUCGACGCCGAGUCCGAUCGCGGACGUGCACGGGUGGCUGCAGCGCAUCGCAGCGAUGCAGCAGGAGCUCUGUCCUCAGCUGCCGCCCCCGCGGUGCCCCACUUCAGGCUCCAGCCAACCAGGAGGCUCGAGGCGGUCGGUGAUCACGUCGACCACCUCCCACUCGCUGAACGCGGCGCACCACGCCCAUAACCCGCAGUCCCAGGCAUCCAGUCGGCCGCCAAUGAAGUACUCGGACCUGCCGUACAUGGGCGAGAUCACUCUGGACAACAGCAAGCCGCGAAGAGGUCGCAAGCCGAAAAAAGCGGACAUCUGUCACCUGAUUUACAAGAACUACGGCACGAUUCUGCCCGGCACGCCCGGCCACGAAGAGAAGAGGCUGUCGCCCAGAGAGAAGCUCGACUGCCGCGAGAGAGUGUCGCCGCAGAUCCCUUUCCAGCGGACAGACGUACAAAACAGGAUCAGCAGCCUGCUAGAGAAGAGACUCACGCAGGAGUCACGUCGUAGCUUCGGUCUGAUAGACAAGGAGCAAGACGAGCCGCUGAAUCUGUGCAUCAGAGACCUGAACCAGCUGAAAAUCAGAUUGCUAAGGAAGCACGGCAACGUGUACGAAUCGGGACAGGUGAAGAGCGAGACCUCCAGCGACGGGGAGGAGGUCGAGUGCAUAGGCUCCUCCUUCCCGGAGCCCGGCUACCGCCCACUGGACUCCAUCUGCCGCGGAGGGGGCACUGUGAACCACAACAACAACAUAAUCGAUCCCAUGCUCGGCACCAAUCCUGGAUUCGUCUAUUGGCCUAACGCUGGCGUGUUCAUCCACCCCAUGGCGCUACAGUCGCAACUGUUGUAUUACCAGAAGAUGGCCCAGAACGACAAAUGCUAUCCCAGAAUGACGGAACAGCCGGGGAAAGAGCAGAAGAUCAUCCCGAAAUCGCUGUAUUCGAUGAUGGAGACCAAGAGCCCACCUCUGUCCACGCCCGUGACCACGCCUCUAGCUACGCCUCCCGCCCAGGCCAUGCCACAGGCCGUCCAAGCCCCGCCUCCGGUGUCCCCGAGGCCGAAGAGGAACGUGGUAGGGCAGAGCCAGGGCCAGCCCACGAAGCGGAAACGUUCAGCGAUCUUCAUCCCACCCAUGCCCACAGAGAACAACAACAACCCAGCGACAGAGGUCAGCAUCUGCAAGUUCAAGUUCACGGGCGGGGCUAAGCCCAGCCUCCAAGAGAAGAAGAGCCUCUCGGUCGACUCCGGAGGCAACUUCAGGUACUACAGUGGGACAGGCGACAAAAGUAUGAGGGGUUACGAGUUCUUCCCGCGGGAGGCGUUGCAACAGUCCGCCGGCCAAUCCGGCUCCUCGACCGGGGCGUUCCUGAACGCUGCGGGGGAGAGGAUACAGCCUGCUCCUUGCCAGAGGACCGCCCAGGAGGAGGGCCGCAGGAAGAGGAAGACCAGAAAGUCCCUGCAGAGGGAGAAACUCGAGCAGACGUUCAAGGAGAAGGGCUUCCUGAUACAGACUCAGCAGCUGGAGUCUGCAGAGGGCGCCACUUACUGCAAGUUUAGGCAGCUCAGGAAGUUCACCAGGUAUUUGUUCAGGAGCUGGAAGGACUAUCUGCCCGGCAAUGUGAGGGAGUUGACGGGGGUGACGGAUAGCGAGAUGGCUGAUGCAGAGGCGGAGGGGGAUUCUAGCGUGCUCGCAUCGCCUCUCGCGCAUCCGAAUAUGGUUGACGUGGCGCCCGGGUUUGUCGAAGACCAUCGCGCAUUGCCGUUGACGUGAGACUGGCGUGUUGUCGUCUUUGGGAGAGUUUGCGUUUGUUGAUGGGUGCUGGGCGCGAGAGGAGGUGUUGACGAGCUGUGGAGUGGGAGAGUUGGACGUUGGCACGUUUAUGGCAAGGGAGUAGUCUUUCGCGUUGGAGGAGUCCGGUGGUAGCAGUGUCUUGGAAGAUGGUCUCUAUGGAUUUUGGUGGGGGUUUCGUGCGUUUGAUAGCUUUGGCGGAAGAGUUGCUAGAAGGAUUUGGUAAGUCAGGUGAAGUUUUUGAAAAUUGACGAAGACUCUAAGAUCAGUAUUCGCGUUAUGAUCUUAAAGUGAUACGAGAACAAACGGUUACGAAGUUUAUUCAAGUUACAAUUGGAGAUUUUAUUUGAAAUUUCUAGUCUUUUCUUGUUGCAAAAUUUAAGUAAGGAAAUGUGAAAUGAAAAAAAAAAUAAGUAAGGAAAUGUUAGCAUUCUGUAAGCAGUGGUUCGUGCUUGGUAGUUAACUCAUGACAUUGCCAUUUUGAUAUCUAUGGAAUUUUUUAUGGAACUAUUUCAAAAUUUUCUUUCAACAAAUGUUUGAAUAUCUAAAAAUACACGUCUUUAUUUUUACAAUACGAGAACUUAAUAAACGAAGAAAAUCUUUGCGGUUUUAUUCUAAUGUAAGAGAUGCUCAGUAAUUAAUUAAAUUAAUUAAAUUAAAUCAUUGUCGCUUUUGAGCAAUUUUUUAAAAAUCUCUCGUUCAUUGAACGUGUCAUAUAUUAAUGGAAAAAUUGCACAUCUUUCGGGUACAUAAUACUAUAAAUACUACAAACAAAUUAUUCAAAGAAAAAGUACAAUUAAGGAAAAAUUGUAAUGUUACGAAAAUCAAUAUUUUUAUUACUAAAAUAUUAAAAACAAAAGAUACAACUAAAAAAGAAUUGCUGUGACACAAGAAUCAAUUUCCUAGAAUAGAAAUGCUAAAAAAAAAUUGCUGGCACUGAAAGAACAUCUUUUUGAAACUGCGAAUUCAAAUCUUUUAAAGAAUAAUUUUAAUGGUAUAAAAAUGCCAAAUUUACUAGAUCUAGAGAAGAACAAGUUCGGUACUUCAAUACCAAAUUCUUUAACACUUUGACUGCUACGCCAACAACCACAAAAAUUUUACAAAAUUCAAAUAUUUGAUUUAGUUAAAUUAAAAUUACAUAGUUAAGUUGUAUGCCAUGAAUUACACUUUUAAACAUUCUUACGCUUUGCGGAUCUUAAUCGAAGGAAAUUAUAAUAGAUUAGUGUACAAAAUUAUCUUCAGAUCUGUGCAAAUAAUUUCGUCACUCACAUUUACUUUAAUAACAAACAUAUUUAUUAUUAUUAAUUUAUGCUAAUAAUAAAAAAUAUCUGUUGGUAGUAUGCUAUUCAAAGUGUUAAGGGAGCGAAAGUGGAGGUUUUCUUCUAUAAAACGAGCACUGGUUGCACUCGCAUACAGACAGCGUAGAAAGUAUUCGCGAUUCAUCAAUAUGUUUUUCCUAUCAUACUUUUACAAUUCCCGAAAGGAUUUUUAGGUGUCCGCCUCCGAUGGUUUUGGUUUUUGGAUAUGUUAUAGAGAACCAAAAAAUAUGAGGUACAUAUUUUUUUAUAUCGGGGGAGAACCACCCCCCACACACACACACAACACGAAGUUGAUAAGAUGGAAUACGAAAAAUCGCUUAAAGUUAGUUGAAGAAUUAUUAUCAAACUUGUUAUAAAUUUAAUUUGUGGCAUAUCUAGGUGGCUGAAUACUACUGUCGUUGUUGGUCAUCCUUGACACUGGGUAAACCACCCCUAAUCGUUCCAAUGCACAUUUAAAAGAGUUGAAACCUGCAAGGAGUUCAUAUAAUCUUUAAGAAAACAAAUCAUUGCGCGAUGACAAAUUGGUGGAUUUAUGACCUUCCACCCUUACUGAGGAGUAAACCACCCCUAACUGUGAUAAACUACAUUUGCCUUAAUAGAGGCCGAUCAAAUUUAAGUAAAGAUUAUUUCUUGAAAAUUGUGUUGUGAAUAAAAAAGUACUUUGUUAAUAUGAAUAUUAUUAUUUGAGAAAUAUAUAUUAAAUUAUAUUUAAAAGUGCAAAUUGAUAUUAAAAGUUUAAGAAAUAAAAAAAACGUGAGAUUAUGAAGUGCCAAUGAAGUAACACUUGUUUUAACGUUAACACUUAUUACGGAACACAUAUGCAGUAAAUUCUCCCUAAUAAUUGUCCCCCAGCUUGGGAACAAAAAUGGAUAACUUGGGAA